UGAACCCCUACAAGUUCCACCCACCACGAACCAGUUCCGCACGGGUUGGCAGCUCAGUUUUCGAGAGGGUUAAAGCGCGUUGCCAGGGCAACGAGCAACUGCCAAAACAAGUAGAAAUAAAAAGGAAAAAGUGGAGGCCGAGGCACAGGCUGUCAGAGAGAAAUUGACUGAAAUAAACUUUAUUAAUGAGCAGCAGCAGCAGCAGCAACAUAAAGUGAAAGCGUUAAACAGAUCAAUUGAUGGCGGAGGUGCACAUAAUUGGACAAAUAUUGAAAGCAGUUGAUUUCGCCGAGCCACAUCUGUACUGCACGUGGACACUGCAGAGCGGUAGCGCCUGGCGCUUGAUUCAGGGCGAGUUGCACGGACAAACGCAUGUCUCCGCGAACCGUUUAGAGAGCUGCUCUGACUUUGCUGCGCCCUUGGACAUUCACUUGAGUUGCGCCGCCAUCCAGGGUUGGCCCACGCUGCUGGUGGAGGUGCACGCGGUGAAUGUGCUGCAGCAGUCGUGGCCCGUUGGCUACGGCUUCGCCCACAUACCCGCCGCGCCCGGUGCCCAUCGGCUGGAGAUAAACACCUGGAAGGUUGCACCCAACGGCUGGUGGCAGAGCCUGCGCGAACGCUUCGGCGGCGGUGGAGCGUCGCUGAGUAAAACCGAUUUGCUCUUCUCGGGCGUCGAGCGUUACAAACUGCAAACUCGCAGCUCUGGAAAAAUCAUUGCCGAUCUCAACUUGAUCUUUCGCAAAUUCGAGGAAUACGGCGUGGAGUUUAACUAGAAAUGGAGCAGAAGUGUCUCCUGCUGCUGCUGACAAU